AUGCGGGAAAAAGGAGUCCUGGAUGAGUAUAUGAAGACACACAAAAGAGACCCUGCACUUAAGUACAACUUCAAUCAAAAAUUUGAUUUUGCUGUUGCCUAUGAGCCAAUGUAUAUGGAUACAUAUUACUAUGGACAGAUCAGCAUAGGAACACCAGCCCAAAACUUCCUGGUUCUGUUUGAUACUGGAUCAUCCAACCUCUGGGUCCCAUCUGCCAAUUGUCAAAGUUCUGCUUGCAGUAACCACAAUCUGUUCAAUCCAAGCCAGUCCUCCACAUAUUCCUCCAAUGGCCAGCAAUUCACUAUGUCAUAUGGCAGUGGCAGCGUCAGUGGUAUCUUUGGUUAUGACACUGUGUCCGUUCAAGGACUAACCCUCACAAACCAGGAAUUUGGACUCACCUAUUCAGAGAGUGGCAGCAGUUUCUACUAUUCGAAGUUUGAUGGUAUAUUUGGAAUGGCAUAUCCCGCCAUGUCUGCCGGGGGUGCCACCACUGCAAUGCAAGGAAUGUUGCAACAGAACCUACUGAAUUAUCCUAUCUUCAGUGUCUAUAUGAACAGUUCUCCCUUCCUUAGUCAGUCAGGUGAGGUGAUUUUCGGUGGAGUUGAUAACAGCUUGUAUUCUGGGCAGAUCCAAUGGGCUCCAGUCACACAAGAAGUUUACUGGCAGAUUGGUAUUGAUGGCUUUUCAAUCAAUGGGCAAGCAACAGGAUGGUGCAGCCAAGGGUGUCAGGCAAUUGUAGAUACUGGAACGUCUCCUCUGACUAUCCCUCAACAAUAUAUGGGUACUCUGUUGCAAUAUAUGGGAGCCCAGCAAGGCCAGAAUGGACAGUUCCUAGUAAACUGCAAUAAUAUGCAGAACUUGCCAACAAUCAGUUUCACCAUCAAUGGAGUCCAGUUCCCCAUCCCACCCUCAGGAUACAUAAAUCAGUAUAACGGUAAUUGCGCUGUUAGCGUUGAGGAAACCUACCUCCCAUCACAGAACGGCCAGCCUCUCUGGAUCCUGGGAGACGUAUUUUUGAGGCAGUACUAUUCUGUCUAUGACAUGAGCAACAACAGAGUGGGUUUUGCUCAAUCAGCAUAA